AUGGCCAAACUCCUACCGGCCCAGGAGGCCGCCAAAAUUUAUCAUACCAAUUAUGUGCGGAACGCAAGGGCGAUUGGCGUCCUUUGGAUCAUAUUCACCAUCUGCUUUGCUAUCAUCUCCAUGGUGGUCUUCAUCCAGCCUUAUUGGAUUGGUGACAGCGUGGACACUCCUCAGUCGGGCUACUUCGGACUCUUUCACUACUGCAUCGGCAACCCCAUCACUGGAGAGCUGGUGUGCAAAGGAAGCGCCCUGGACUUUGGCUCCAUUCCCUCUGGAGCGUUCAAGACUGCCAUGUUUUUUGUAGGCAUCUCCUUCCUUUUGAUUGUAGGCACCAUCGGCUGCUUCAGUUUAUUCUUCUUCUGCAACGCCGGCAGCGUCUACAAGAUCUGUGCAUGGAUGCAGCUCGCGUCGUCCACCUGUAUGGUCAUAGGCUGUAUGAUCUACCCAGAUGGCUGGGACUCUGAAGAGGUCAAGCGGAUGUGUGGCCAACGCACAGAUAAAUACACACUGGGUAACUGCACGGUGCGCUGGGCCUACAUCCUGGCCAUCAUCAGCAUCAUGGACUCGCUCAUCCUGUCCUUCCUGGCCUUUGUACUGGGCAACCGGCAGGACAAACUGCUGCCAGAAGACUUCCAGGUGGAGGAGAAGAAAGGUAAUUAG